AUGGAUACCACAUCGUUAGCGACAUCGGCCACACCAGAGACUAUUGCCGAGACUGUGCCUGUGCAGGUGCCCACCCUAGCCAGCAAUGGCAUGGACUUCUUCUUCACAGAGGUCCCAGAACAGCUUCUGGGUGCCACUGAACUCGACGUUCAAUUAAGUCCUCUGCUCCAGGAUCGUAUUGCACAGCUAUGUCUGGUCAAGAUGCGGCAGGCGUCCUCAGGACGAGAGUCUUUGGAACGACUGGCCCGCCUCUCUUGCUUCUGGCGUCGACUACAGACCGAAAUGCUCCUUAUGCCCUCGUUUUCGGCUCCUCAAGUUCCGGCCCCAUUGGAGCAGUGGCUCACUGAAUUUGCCGCACUAGAGCCAUCUGCCCCUGUCUUGCAAGGAUCAAACGACUUCAACUUGGGCCUAGAUUUCCUAAUGCCAUCCCCAGGAGGACUGGGGCUGGAUUUUGACAUUUGGAACAUCGAUUCAACUCCACAGAAUCUUGCAACGGACGCCGCUUUCACGUUUCCGUUUUCGCUUCAGACCCCGGCCUCUGGAUUCCUGGAAUUUUCCAGCAUUCCUCCAUUUCCAAGUAGUGUCAAACCUCCUUCCAUGGAGCAGAUGCAACCAGAGGCCAUCAUAGACACUUCUUCGAUCGCAAGCCAGCAACAAGGGACAGAUAUCAUGCAGACGGAAUCUCCAGUCGACCCCUUUGCUGCGUCUUCUCUCAGCUCUAUUAGUAGCGUUGAAGUACCGCAGGACUUGCAACCCAUGGGUGAUACGACCGCAUCAGAAGCGAACGCGGACCAUCAAGCACUUCAGGUCACGGACUAUGCAACCUUGGACAGUGGUAUGGACGUGGACCUUCCGAUACAGGACAUGGCUCUAACGUCCCCGCCAUCAUCGCCUAGAAAGAGACGUGCAUCUAAUACCACCAGGAGAUCUGCGGGGAGCCAGCGCCGUGGACGCAAGACAAUCAAAACCAUCCGGCAAAGAAGGACGAAAAAUGAUACCGCGUCGUUUGCAAUCAAAUAUGCCUCCGCGACGGACGCGAUGGGUGACAUAGAGGAAGACGUAGGGCAUGCCAGCCGAAUCAAACGCCGACGUGGUAGCGAGGACUCUUCCUCAUCCGAUUCCAGCCCUGAGUCAGCCCCCUCAUCACCUCGAACUCCUCCUUCAACUUAUGACGGGUCCAACGUGUCAUCAGCGGCAACUGAUCUUUCUCCGCCAUCCCAGCCGUUAUACCAGCUCAGUUCUCAGUUGUGCAACAACAAGGUCAAUUCUAUUUGUUCGUCUGCUAAAAGUGACUGCAAGGGUACUAUGUCCCCUACUGCGGGGCAGGACCUUUCGCUGGGCAACAAGACCUCCCAUCUUGCAACCGCUAUUGUCGUCGAGGGUCUUGUCAACUUGAAGCAUAUGGAGGAUGGUGACGACGCCGGGGGUCUCUCCGCGGUAUCAGCAACCAGAAUUUCAUCACACCGCCCAUCGACUCGUCCAUUCGGCCACUCAUGA